AAUUAAGUCACGUGACUACAGGUUUGCAGCUUGAGUCAUGUUUGUCACAAAAGUAGGCUAAUAAUAAUAAAAGUUUAUACAGACAUUCACUUUCGAAAUGCCAGCUGCAGCAAGGGAUGAUAUCUCUGGAACCGAUGCACUCCAGACCCUGCAGAAUGGUUUUGAUGUAUUAGAAGAUCGUGAAGUUAAUGCAGAAGAUGAUGAUUUGGACUUCCUUAAAUCAUUUCUAGAUGACCCUGCUGUUGCAGCUUUAUUUAAAAUACAUGAUGAGCUUGAAAAUGGACCACCAGAACCAGAGGCGUCUAAUUCUGUUGGGAUGGCUAGAGAUGUUUUAUCAACUGUAGCAUCGGCUAAAGACAAAAACCGUAAUGCAGCAUCCUUAAGCAAGAUCAUCAAAAAUCCUCAUUUUAAGGCAUUACUGGUAGCACAUGAUGAUGUUGUACAGAGAGAUUAUGGUGACCAGUUACAAGAAACAGUUUCCCUUAUGUCCCCACCCCCACCAGUAUUUAAUGUUAUUACAGAACAAGUUCGCUUUGUAACCAUCAGAAAAUCAGACAGAGAACCAUUGGGUAUCACAGUUAAAUUAGAUGAAAAUGAUGAUUUAGUUGUAGCCAGAAUUUUACAAGGCAGCUUAAUAGAUAAACAAGGAUUACUUCGUGUAAAUGACAUCAUUCGUGAAGUAAAUGGAUUACCAAUGAUAACACCAGAUCAAUUGAUGGAAACCAUUGUCCAGGCUGAUAAUACCAUUACAUUAAAAAUAGUUCCAUCUUAUGGUGAUUCUAGGGUCACAGAAACGAUAUAUAUGAAAGCUCAUUUCAACUAUGAUCCAAUGAAAGAUCGGUUAAUUCCUUGUAAGGAGGCCGGUUUGCCAUUUCAAGAUGGAGAUAUUUUGGAGAUUGUGAAUUCCGAUGACAGUAAUUGGUGGCAGGCAAGAUUUGCAGAUAUUGAUGGACCAACAGGACUAAUUCCUUCGAAAAAUUUGGAAGAAAAAAGAAAAGCUUUUGUACAACAUGACUAUGACAAUUCAUCAAGCAGCCUGUUUUGUGGUUUAACAAAAAAGAAGAAAAAGAAAUAUAAAUACAAUACAAAAGCAAAUACAGAUUUUGAUCGUUGUGAUGUAUUGAUAUAUGAAGAAGUGCGGAGAAUGUCGCCUUUCCAAAGAAGUGUACUGGUCCUUGUUGGUGCUAAUGGUGUGGGUCGCAGAUCAUUAAAGGAAAGACUUAUCAGAGAUGAUCCUAGAAGAUUCAGUGGAGUCAUUGCCCAUACAUCUAGAGCACCAAGAGAGAAUGAAUCAGAUGGUAAGGGUUAUUUCUUUACAGAUAGAGAAACUAUGGCAGCUGACAUCAACAAUAAUAAAUAUAUAGAAUUUGGUGAAUAUAAUGGUAACCUUUAUGGAACUAAACUGGAAAAGAUAUACGAAGUCAAACAGUCUGGUAAAAUGUGUGUGCUGGAUGUUAAUCCUACUUCUCUGAAGAUAUUGAAGACACCAGAGUUCAUGCCGUAUAUUGUAUUUAUAGCAGCACCAAGUGUAGAGGUUUUAAAAGUAAUGUAUGAAGAAGGCCAUAGACUAAGUACAACAGGAAGAGCAAAGAAUCGUGGUGGUGGACCCAAUUUUGUAGAAACAAAAACGGAAGAAGAUUUUAUUAGAACCGUAAGGGAAAGUGCCCAGAUAGAACAGACAUAUAAAGCUUAUUUUGAUCUUAUACUUGUUAAUGAUUCAUUUGAGCAAACCUAUAGAUCGCUAAGAAAGGCGUUAACAUCUUUAACAUCUACACAGCAAUGGGUUCCUGUCAAUUGGGUGUAUUAAUAUGUCACUAAUACUGAACAACAAAAUGAACUCUCAAAUUUUUCAUUACUUUAAAUACCGGUACAGUCUCUAAAAUCAUGCAAGAGCUGUUGAUUGGUGCUCGUGCUGUUUUGUAUUUUUUGACGUCUGGCUUUGUGGAAAUAAUUAAAAGGACUAGGCAUUGGACUAUUCACCUCAGUGCAACUCAUCGGGGUAUAUUGAUAAACAUUGAAAUUGGGAUCAUUAUUUUGAAAAUUAUUAAUGAUUAAAUAUUGAUUGUUUUAUAUAUAUGUUGUUGUUCAGUAUCUUUUGUGCCAUUAUGGUCAAACCAGAUUCUUACCAAUUUAUUACAUAUUACAAGUUUUCAGUGACUAGUUAAAUGAAGUAAGCAUUAUUAGAAUUCCUAACCCUUUUCACAUUCUCUUUAAUUAACUAGCAUGAUAUUAUUAUAUAUACAUGUGUGUGUGUAAAUUACAUAAAGAUAAUGCAAGAAUUUUGAAUGACCAAAUUAGUUUAUAGUGCAAUGAGUGUUUAGGUGGUUAAAACUUGAUUUUGUCCUGCAUUGAUAUCAUAGCACAAAUUAGUUGACCAUAGAAGGUUGUCAGUCAUUUAAUGGCACAAUAAUUUCAUUUUUUGAUAGAUAUUUUGUAAAAUUUUACACAAAGAUAUUCUAUAUAUUCAUAUAUAACAUCAGUUUUUAUCCUCUAUAAUUUAUCCUCUGAUGUAUAUUUCGGAUAAAUUAUUUCAAAACUUAAUGCUCAAAACAACUACUUUUGUAUUGUCAAUUUGGAAAAAAAGUUGUUCUUUUUAAGCUUUAAUCAUGAGUGUGCAUACCUCAAAACAAGAUAUUUUCAUUGGAAACUAAUUGACAAAAUUGGCUUGGGUGUACUUUGAAGUGGUAGAUGACAUCUAUAAAAUAAACUCCUGAGAUUCUUGGAGAGAUGAUUUUUGAAGCUCAUAUUUUUAUUUCGCCAACUUAAUGAUCGUUAAUAUCAAAAUCACUCUUCUCAUUCUUGCUACAUAAAAUAAUUUUAAGAUUCUUUUGACAACAAGAGUACAAGAUUUUUAGUUAUAUUAUUUGUUAGACUAAUUAGUAUUUUGAAAAAACCUUGCUUUAUGCUAGAAAUGGCAAUAAUAUUCUGCACACAUAUCAUAAUGUGAAUUGUGAAAAUAAGCAUUUUUGGUAAUAGUAUUUAAGUGUUUUGUCUAGUAAAUAAAUUGCUUGUAAAUAGGAUUUAUUAUAGAGAGGGUGUACUUUUUAAUAUGUAAACUAGCCCAAAUUGUACUAUUCUGAAAAGUUAAAUGAAUAGCUUUUUUCUGUAGGCCUAUUUAAAGCACAGCAAGUGCAAAAGUUGGAAUAGAUAAAACGAGAUACACAAUUAUGUUGAAUUCUUAUGUCCACCAAAAUUGACAUUGAACAUAUAUUAAAUGUAUUUUAAUUAUCUUGGUAAAAAGCUUAUCAAGAGAAACAUGGUAAGAUUGUUCAACUUUUGAGUAGAAGGAAAAGUUGUGUUUCUUAAAUUUGAACAUUCCAUUUAGAUCAUUCUAUUUUUAUUAUUAUCAAAUUAUAUUCUUAUAUCUUAUUGCAUGUGGCCAGCUUGUUAUAAUUUUUAUAUUACAUCUAUAUACAUAUAUAUAUUCAUUUUAUUAAUUUUUUGUUGAUUUUUAUAAAUAUCUAGUUAAUAAAUAUACCGUACUUCAGCCGAUACUAAAGUAUCAGAUUGGGCAAUGAUAUGCAUAUGCAGAAUAUGCAGGAUUAAGAAUUGAUUUGACUUGUGCCUUUACUAAAUAAUUUGAAUCUUUUUGUAUCAUUUAUUUAGUUGGUCAUAAUGUGAUUGAAAAAACUUAUCAACCAGAGGUUUCUAUUACAAGUAAUAACCAUGCCAUAUAAAUUCAUAUCAUAGCUGUAAUCUACAGGCUUAGUGCCUUUAAAUAAGAAUUAUUCAAUUAUGCACUAGUAAUUAAUUCCCUCCUCUAAUAACCAUGUUAUAUGUUGAGUCUAUAAAUAUAUAGUUUUGAUAAAACAUUGUACAUUUACAUACAAUUUUACUACUUCAAUUAUCUUUUCUCUUCAACCCACAACUUGUAUAGGAUCUAAGGGAAAAGCAAAGUGCAGAUUUGUUCCGAUCUGGUGUGUUUAAAUUGUUUAUUGUUCUUAUCUAAUUGACCAGAACAGUGCAAGUGGCUACACUCACAUUAAGAGUUGUUGUUUUUUAAAUUGAAUUCAAGUGCUAAAAAUUUUAUUAUUAGUUUAUGAAUCUGAGAGUAAGAGAGUCAUACAUGUAUGUAAAAUAACAAUUAUUAUUUAACAUUUGCAUUAUCCACACUUUCUAAAUUGAGAUAAAAAUAGGUACAUUUUUCCUGAACCAUUGUCUUUAUGUUAACAUCUGCUGGUACCUAUUUAUUAAGUUACUACAUUUCGUAGUCUGCCUUCCUGCAAUGGCCUCAUCUAGAAUACAAGAAUGAUUGGUUCUUUAGGUGAAGGACAUUCUGAUUAAUGUUCCAAAUAGGUACUGGAGCUUUUCAUUCGCCUGUGUUAAAUUUUAAACCUACCAAUUGGAUUUAUGGUUCAGGGUAUAUUAUAUUGUCAUAGGUGUUAAAGAAUGUAUGAGAAUAUACAGUAAUGGUUAAAUAUCAGGCAUUGUAUAUCUAAAACAUUAAAUUAAUAUCAUAAUUUUAUUUAUCAGAUAAAUGAAAUGCCAUCAUAAAGCAAUUUACAUUGUAUUUAUUAAGAUCCAACAUAUUCUUAUUACCAUAUCAAUAGAUGACAGAACAGCUAUAUUCAGUAAAAAUAAACCUGGAUAUAUUUUAAAAUAGUAAGAGGUUCUAUUAAAUACAAAUUGGCAAGAAAUGGAAUGAAAUUUUGUUUUAAAAUGAUAUAUGAAAAGUCCAUGAAUUUGUCUGGGCCCUAUAAAUUAUCUGUGUGGAAUGAAGUUUAUUUUCAUUUCAGAUGAAUCAUUCCAUAUCAUUGUAUUAAUUAUUAUCAUUUAAACUUCUCAUUAUAAUUAUAUUAUAAAUAUGUUUGAAAAUAAAAUUUAAAACUGGAA